GCUGUAGUGUGGACUACGGUUGAGUAGCUUGAUGCAGAUGCAAUAAAAACGCGGCGUGUCUUCUGAAAAAAAGGGCAUUCCCACACUUAGCUGCUCCUUGUUCACACCGAGACCCGGUCACUCAAGAGUUAUCAUGGUUCGCGAAGUGCACAAUCUGGAGGAGUUCAAGGCCAUCCUGAAGGAAGCUGGAGACAAGCUGGUGGUGGUGGACUUCACAGCCACGUGGUGUGGCCCCUGUAAACAGAUUGGCCCAGAAUUUGAAAAAGAGUCGGCAAAUCCUGAGAACAAGAAUGUGAUUUUCCUGAAGGUGGAUGUGGAUGAGGCUGACGAUGUGAGUUCAUCCUGCAACAUUAACUGCAUGCCCACAUUCCAGUUUUACAAGAAUGGAGAGAAGGUGUUCGAGUUCUCGGGCGCUAACAAAGCUACAUUGAUUGAACAACUGAAAGCUUUUAGAACAUAAAAACAACAGUAGCUACUGUUACUCCGCUGUACAUGCCUUUCCAGUUUCAUUUUAUGUACAAUAACCAUCAGGUCUUCUAUUCCACACAGGCAAUAAUUAAUUUAUUCCACUCAUCAUGUAUUGGUUACAUACUGUUGUCCUGUCAGUUCAGUGUACUGUAUUGACUGUCUUAACAACUGGAUGAAAUUUGAUUAAAGCCUGAUGAGCAGUUUUUAAUUCUGUUUUAUAUGAGAAAUUGGCUUUGCUCCUGUCCAACCCCUGAACUUUUGUGAUAGGUGUUCAACAAGGUGGAUUUAAUAAAUGAAGAUGAGUUACAGAAA